AAAAAGUCCAAACUCACAACCAAAUAAAACAUAGUUGCAGAUAGUAACCCUCGACUGAAACUCAAAUCCAUCGUCUCCAAGCCACACCAACAAAAUUGAGAACUCAAAAAAUCACUAAGGCCUACUAUUGAAACUUUGGAAAGCAGAGAGAAGAAACAUUCGAUGCUCGUGUGUAUCUAAACCCAUAGGGAUUUCACAGCUGUCCUAAACUUUCAUUUUGUUUUCCCACUCCAAAUCAUUGUGCGUUCUCCUCAAAACCCUAACUGACAAAACCCCAAAUCAAUUUUUCUAUCCAUUUUACACCCAGACUACAGAACCUUCGGAGCAAGUAACUUCAUUGACAAUGGCGUUCAGGUCGCGUGAAAUGAUGAAGAAGAUUGUGAAGAAAAUCGGCGGCGAACAGAAUCUAGCGCCUGGAGUGAAAGAGCAGUUGAAAAAAUCGGUGCCUGAUAGAAAGGUCGUGAUGGGCCGGGCUCACCGUGGGCUUUACGCGGGCCGACAUAUCCAGUUCGGGAAUCGCGUCAGUGAAGACGGGGGCAACAAGACUAGGAGGAGCUGGAAACCUAACGUGCAAGAAAAGCGGCUUUUCAGCUAUGUAUUUGACAGGCACAUUCGUGUUAAGGUGACGACCCACACUCUACGCUGCAUAGACAAAGCGGGUGGCAUAGACGAGUAUUUACUAAAAACACCCUACCAUAAGAUGGACACUGAGAUGGGCCUCUUCUGGAAAACAAAGAUCGAGAAGAUGUACCAAGAGCUUGGCGAGAUGGAGGUCGUCUUCUUUUCACCCGAGGACGAGGAUAAUUUCGAGAAGCAAUUUGAAGAGCUCAAGUUGGAGAAGAAGGCUGCACGUAGGGAAUUCAGGAGAAAGAUGUACGGUUCGAGUUAUAAGCAUGAGGUGGAUGAGGAAGUUUCUAGAAGUGAGGGAAGAGAUGGGUCUCAUCCUGAGUUUGAAGAAGAACAGACAGUGGCUAAUGCUUGAAUGAUUUGCAGUUUUUGAUCUUAAGUUUUUGUAUUGUUCUGCUGUUUCUUAGUGAGUGGGGUAUUUACAGUUUUUGGGUUGUGAUGAUCAUGCUCUGGUGGUAAUUUGGGUUUUGGUUAGAAAUUUGGAUUCUGUGUAAGAUUUGGGAUUGAGAGGUCUAGCAAGUGAUCCUUGGACUAGUCAAGUCUAGGGUAGGGUUAAUAAAACCUGUUUUAGUCUAAGUUUUCAGGUUGGAAUUUAUCUUUGCUUUAUUACUGUCACAAGUGACAAGAAGAAAAGGGUUUCAUUUCUUGUACAUUGUUUAGUUUUUAUUGUUGUUUAACCUUGUUUGCUGCAAAUUUUGGGGAUGUGUUGACUCACAAUUUUAUUUUAUUUUUUUAAUCAGGAAUUGGAAGUUAUAG